UCUGUAAGUGAGGCCCAAGUACUUCAAAGUUUAAAAAAACAAGAUGGCGUCCCUUAACGACUACAUUUUCUUGCACAUUUUGUCAGCUAUUGUUGUAGUCCUGAUCAGACCAGCUGUAGCCGCUAACUGCAUCCAGACUGGCCCUUGUUCGUGUGAUAUGGACGACGGUACCGGAACAAUCGACCUGUCUUCUCUGGCUGGGUCAGGAGCUCCGGCAUUUAGCGGCUCGGCGACCAAAUGGCCUGACGACAGCUGGCAGUAUUCGUACAACCCCUGCACACCUUUUGACAUGCAGCAAUGCUACAGCGUGGCGGCGUGCCAAGUGAGAAGUGAUGGAUCUGGAGAAUCGUACGACGUUGGCUCCCAGGACAGCGUGAUGUUCUCCAUGGACGGAAACGACGUCUCAAUAACUUACAACGCCUACGAUUAUCAGAGGCAUAGCAUAGUGAAGUUAGUGUGCAGUUCGAGCACCGUCUUUACCGUGGAUGGCGAAAAUCCUGAUGAGACAACCGCUUUUUACUUCACGCUGGAGAGCCCGGCAUGCUGUCCCCAGGGCUCGGGCCCCGGACCCACGGGACCGGGACCAAACCCCGACCCCACCAUAACGAUCUCCAUUAGUGUGGGCUCCAUCAUGUGUAUCAUCUUCUUCCCCACAGUUUGUAUCUACAUCGUAGCGGGAGUUUUGAUCAACAAGUACGCACGGGAAAGGGAAGGGAGAGAUGUCAUUCCUCACAUGGCGUUCUGGGGCAGCCUUCCCGGUUUGAUAAAGGACGGGUUCCUGUUCGUGUGGGCAAGUAUGCCGUGUCGCAAGAAGGGCUACAGCGAGAUCUAAGCAAAAUCGACUCCUGUACAAAUUUACAAAGACGGAAUUUCGAAAUCAACUGCACCAAAAACACCAACACAGACAUUGUUGUUAAGUCGGUAUGUCGCGAAGCUAACCGCGGUCACGAGACUGCAAUGUGUAUUAUAAGUGUACAUUUGUAAAUUGUUUUAGAAAUACCCACCAAUCGGUUCCUAAAAUGUAAUCGUCCAUAUACUGUAUUUCACCAUGGUCAAUAUUGACCGAAGGACGCCAUAUAUAUGUAUACUGUACAUGUCAAGCUUGUUAAAAUGCAAGCGUGUAACGUUACUUGCAUAUAGAUAAUUUCUAUUGCCAUUUUUUAAAAAAUCUUCUUGACAUUAGUGAGCAGUAUUAAAACAUUUGGUCAUUUAUGUAGUAUCUAAAUGUUCCUUUAGGAAAAUGACUUGUAUGCAGUGGUACUUUGUACCACGUAUUUGUACCAAGGCGGGAAAUGUUUAGUUGACAUAGUUUUUUUAGAGUACAAGACAGAACUAUCGUAAAAGAUCAGGUCUAAAUGGUAAUUAUAUCUUUAGUGUCCCUUUAAAGAUUAUCAUAAGCAUAUUACACUGUUCAUGACUAUACCUGUGCAAUGGCCGGGUGGAUAUAUUGUUCGUCUUGCCUUCGGUAGAUCCUGAGUUC